CACAUCACAACGAAACAAAAUUCUCAAACAAAAAAAAUGUCAAGACAGGAAGUCACAAACCACAGAGAGCAAGCAGAGAUCUACCACGGCGAAGAGCUGUGCAAGCAAAAGUCUCAAGAUCUCCUCAGCGAGAUCUCUCUCCCCAAAGGCCUCCUCCCUCUAGACGACGUCGUCGAGGUCGGCUACAACCGCACCACCGGGUUCGUGUGGCUCAAGCAGAAGCGCAAGAAGGAGCACCGGUUCCGCUCCAUCGGCCGAAACGUCUCGUACGACAACGAGGUCACGGCCUUCGUGGAGGACCGCCGCAUGAGGAAGCUCACUGGGAUCAAGACCAAGGAGCUCCUCAUCUGGGUCUCCAUUUCCGACAUCUACAUCGACGACCCCAGUUCGGGUAAGAUCACGUUUGCCAAUCCUACUGGGAUCUCCAGGUCUUUUCCGGUGUCGGCUUUUGAGCUCGACAACGCUGGGAAUAGCGGAAAAUGAGAAUAGACUUUCUCGAUUUUGUGUGUUAUAAAAAUAAUGGGUUAUAAUAAUAAAAAUAAAAAUAAAAAAAAAAAAAUUGGUUUUGCUGUUGUAUUGUCAAUUUUUACUGGUUAUUUUACUGUUUUGGUUGACUGAGAUAUUUUGACUAAAAUCCAAAUCUUCUUUGUUU